AUGACCAAGUCCAUCCCCACAUACGAGAAACCGCUCCAUGAUUCACUUACAACAUUGUACAAUAGCUUGUCCGACCUAAAGAACAAUAGAACAAGGUACAUCAGCUCUAAGCAGGUGUAUGUAAUUUAUGAUGAAUUCUUGAAACAAGUGCACGAGCUCAGCAUCGUGAGGAAAGAUGAAGAGCUUAAGGGCAUGAACCUUAAUCUUCCUAAUUCCACAGACUCCCUCAUUGAUGAUAUAUGGCAAUUGUUGUCGCUUUCGUUUGUCACCUGUGGGCUUAUCAAGUUUGCCCCUGCCACUUAUUCAUCUCUCAGUACAGUCUCGAAGCUUCUCACACACUUGAAAGAAUGCCAAAUUUACAGUUUCGAUGACUUAAAGCCGAUUGAUGCCCGUCUUAAAGAGAUAAAGAACAUCAUUGACACAAGUGAGGAUGCGGAAGAUAGUAACAGCGAUUCAGAUGAUAUGAUAGACCACAAGCGGGAGGAAAGUUUAUUGCUCAGAAACAAGUUGAACAAAUGUGAGCAAAUAUAUCUGGAGCUUGAGGACUCUUUCCGCAGAAUUCCUGACGAUUUGGAACCAGCAUACGGUAAACUCAUCCAGAUCAGAAAAGUCUUGCUCAAUUACUUGACCCACGAGGAGCUUGGUCCAAGUAAAGUGGGCGAAAAACUACUGCAAAUAGAGGCCGAGAUCAAAGUGAUUGAAGAUCAAAGAGACGACACUGGAAAGUUCCAGAGCAAUGUCGCCACCGAGUCGGAAUUGCACACGACACAAAUUGUUCUCAAUGCUUUGUUGGAUGACUGUCAUAACUUGGUUAAAGACUUGAGUAUUCAACAAGAUACCACUGGUAUUGCAAACCUUUUCGACGGCUUGACCCUAGGAAAGCCAGAGGAUGAGGAACUCGAGAGCAUUGCCAAGGGUCUCAAAAGCGUCUAUGACGAGUUGCUUACUUUGAGACAAACGCUAGAGAAUCUCCUCAUCACUCGAAGAUGGACCAUGCGCGAGACUGACUUGUACAAUUACCAGAAAUCAUUGAAGAGAAUAGACGAGCAAAGACUCGACUUCAACAAAAGGAUCGCAGCCUCUUCAAGCGGUCCAGUACCCAAGAAACUCAAGCGUGCCCAACUUGUUGUGCUUUACCUUUUGAGAAGGUGCUACUCAUUGAUUUACAAGCUCUUGGAGAGCUCGGAACCGGUGUCUGAGUCGCUUCAGCCUAUACAUAAUCAGUUGCUGACCGUGAGAAGAUGUCUUCUUGAGAUUAAGCGUGUGGACGGAUUGAACAAUCUCCGUGAGCUUUACCCCUUCCAAUUUAAGUUGGCAUCGUUGGAUAACUUACGGGACGACGGUAAAUUCAUCGUGAAUGGGCAGGUCCCCGAGGGCCAGGGUACUUUGAAUGCGCUUCUUGCAGAGUGCUUUGACAUUAUUCACGAGCUCAAGAUCGAAUUAGAAGAAAAAGAAGACAACGAAGACAAGGAAGAUGGAAUAGAUGAUGAUCACAUCACAGACGAGGAGGACAAAGAGUCAGAUGACGAGGUUGAGUUGAAAAGAAACCGUUAUGUCGGAUUUAACGAGGCAGACUAUGACAUGGUCUAUGACAGUGAUAACCUCAGCAACUUAUCCGACUCUGAGUUCGAGAGUAACGACUACUACUGA